GGAAGAUGUCCUUGAUUGUAGAGGAGAGGAAUCUCUCUAUAUAAAAGGAUAGUGGGCAGGGGUCUGCAAAGAGAGGGGUCAUGAGGGAGGAAAGAGCCCCUUCAGGAGAGCUGCUGUUUUGUGAAUUAGAUGAGGAAAAUAGAUGAACAAGAUCUGUUAACUCAGGAAGGAGAGAGAGAGAGAGAGAGAGAGAGAGAGAGAGAGAGGAGUGAGUGGAGGAGAGAGAAAGAGAGAAAAAGAAGGGAGGGGAAGAGAGAAAGAAAGAAGGAAGGGUGAGGGAUGGGCCCCGAGUCUGUCAGCGGUCUGAGGGGAACAAGCGGCUAUGGCGGCGGUAGCAAGGAAAGGCCCAGUCAACCACUGCUGCUGUUUCAGGCUACCAGGGCCAUUGGCGGAGGGAGGCAGGCAGGCAAGGGAUGGGUCCAGGCCUGUCAGCAGCCUGAGGGGAACCAGCAGCCAUGGUGGUGCCAGCUGCAAGGAAGGGCCCGGUCAACCACUGCUGCUGCUGCUGCUGCUCCUGUGAGGAUGAGCAGGAGCAGGGCUUGGGUGAGGGUGAGGAGGUCUCUGGGGAUAGAGAGCUGCAGCUUGGCCAAUAGGCGCCAGUAAUGCUGCAGGCGUUGGGAUGGAGGAGUGACCAAGAGGGGAGAGGGGGAUGGAAGCAACCGGAUGGAGGAGGAAAAGCAGAAGUGCGGAUUAGGAGACUUUCUGAGAUGUUCUUUUUCAAACUCUUCAUUCGAUGGAUAUGGAUAUGGAUGUUGUCUGGGGAGAUCCUUCUCCUACUGCUUCUGGAGGUCCCUUUAGAAGGUACUGCCUUGCCUCCAAUGCGGUACUCUCAUGCUGGGAUAUGUCCAAAUGAUAUGAAUCCCAACCUCUGGGUGGAUGCGCAGAGCACCUGCAGGAGAGAAUGCGACACCGAUCUGGAAUGUGAGACCUUUGAGAAGUGCUGUCCAAAUGUCUGUGGAACAAGAAGUUGCGUUGCAGCCAGGUACAUGGAUGUCAGGGGAAAGAAAGGACCUGUCGGGAUGCCGAAGGAGGCAACCUGUGACCGUUUCAUGUGCAUCCAGCAAGGUUCCGAGUGUGAUAUCUGGGAUGGGCAGCCAGUUUGCAAAUGCAAGGAUAGGUGUGAAAAAGAGCCAAGUUUUACAUGUGCCUCUGAUGGGUUGACUUAUUACAACAAGUGCUACAUGGAUGCAGAAGCAUGUACUAAAGGCAUUACGCUCAAUGUGGUGACCUGCCGCUAUCAUCUCACCUGGCCAAAUACCAGCCCUAUCCCACCAGAGACUACAGCACGACCCACUACUGCUUAUCCAGAGACAACGAUCACUGAUAUCCUUCCACCUAUACUAGUCAACAACCCAGCACAUCAGUCAGUUUAUAUAGGGGAGACCGUCAGCUUUCUUUGCGAUGUCACUGGCCGACCUAAGCCAGAAAUCACUUGGGAGAAGCAGACAGAAAGUAAUGAGAAAAUUAUCAUGAGGCCAAAUCAUGUUAGAGGGAACAUUGUUGUCACCAACAUUGCCCAGCUGGUGAUCUAUAACACUCAACUGCAAGAUGCAGGCAUCUACACUUGCACUGCCAAAAACCUUGGCGGUAUUCUCAGGGCAGAUUUCCCAUUGUCAGUCCUCAAAGGAGAAGCUACCUCUGUCGAAGCAGCCCAAAAUAAAACUCACUUUCCAACUGAUGAGUGCCUGAAGCAGCCAGACAGUGAAGAUUGUGGGGAGGAGCAGACCCGGUGGUAUUAUGAUGCAAAGAAAAACAACUGCUUUACUUUCAUCUAUGGAAAUUGUAAUAGCAACUUGAAUCACUUUGAGACCUAUGAAAACUGCAUGUUGACUUGCAUGAACGGGCCCAUCAACAUCUGCAACCUGCCAGCCCUCCAAGGUCACUGCAAAGCAUACGAGCCACGGUGGGCGUACAACAGCUUGACAAAACAAUGCCAGUCUUUCAUUUAUGGAGGCUGCGGGGGCAAUGAGAAUAACUUUGAGAGCAGAGAGGCCUGUGAAGAAAUGUGCCCUUUCCCUAGGAACAUGCAUUGCAAGGCUUGCAAGGCUUGCAAACCACGCCAAAAGCUGGUGACGAGCUUCUGCAAAAGUGAUUUUGUUAUUCUUGGCCGUGUAACCGAACUGACAGAGGACCAAGACUCAGGACACGCACUGGUGACAGUGGAAGAGAUUCUCAAGGAUGAAAAAAUGGGGCUAAAAUUCUUGGGGAAGGAGCCUCUAGAAGUUACCCUGUUAAAUAUGAACUGGAGCUGCCCAUGCCCCAACAUAACUGCAGCCGAUGGUCAACUCAUCAUCAUGGGCGACGUCCACAAUGGAAUGGCUGUUUUACAGCCAGACAGCUUUGUGGGGGCCUCUAGCAUCCGGCGUGUUCGGAAGCUUCGUGAGGUCAUCCACAAGAAAACCUGCUUGAAUGUUACUGUGCUGAAUUGCAACACCCUUGCGGUAAGCAGGUCAGAGAAGACUGGUUUCUCACAGGGACAGCUCUAUCUGGCCUGAAAGAAAGAAAGAAAGAAAGAAAGAAAGAAAGAAAGAAAGAAAGAAAGAAAGAAAGAAAGAAAGACCAAACUCCCGGCAGCAGGCAAUUCAGCAACGCAACCGUUCGUCAAAGCAGUUUCAGGUGCUCAGCUAUCAACUGACAAAUGCAAUUCAUCAUAUGAUUGGAUAAUGAGCAAGGUGCAGACCUACACAGUGCUAUAGGAGUUGGCUACAGAAGGCAUAUCUACACUAUCAACAUAUUCGUUUUAUACCAAUUUAAUCACUUUGGCUUUGUCCACCAAAGAAAACAGGGAACUGUCCUUUAGUUCAGUGCAAACAAUUUCCUAUUAGACAUCCUUGGCCUCUUCCUUGCCUCCAGGAGAACUAUAAUUUCCAGAGUUCCCUGGGAAGAGGGGAUGACUUUUAACCCCAUUUAAGGCUGCAAUAUGAAGCACACUUACCAGAAAGUAAAUCCCCCUGAGUUCAAUGGGAUGUGAUUCAGACUAAACUUGCAUAGGCUCACGCUGCAGCUCUGCAGUGUGAAUGUGCCCCAAUACACUUUUUAACGUGUCCACCUGCUAGCUUUUAACAUGAAACAGCUUUGCCUGUUGGGGGAGACUGCCUGAUGGGCACAGUGUGCAUUUCACAUCCAUGCCACCAGCUUUCAAAGAAAGCACGUUUAAAGGAGAACCCAGAAGGCUGUGUCUGCUAUUGUACAAAAGGCUAAUCCAUCUAUGAUAUCUCUCAAGGUAACUGAAAAGGAAAGGGGAGGGUGUAUUUCUGAGCAACAGCCUUUGCUGGCUUAUGGAUGAUGCCGCAGGGGGCCGCCGAAAUUGUUUGCAUUCCAGAUGGGGAACAGAGAGUGUGUAGGAAGGUAUAUUGUAUUUGUGUUUUGUGUGUAAGGCUGAUUAAGCUUAUGCAUGAACUGAGGGAAUGUCUGUGGAGAGUAUAACUGACCAAAUAUGUGAUGGAAAGACUUUAACCCCUUGAGACACCUAUUUGGCAACGAAAACUGAAUUUAAGGGCCAAGUUCUAUGCUUUAAAAAAAAAAAAUCCAUAACAAGACUCUUGUUUAUGAAACGUGUUGGUACUGGCUGUGGACAACAGAAUACAUUAACCUUCUCUAGCAAUAACAAGGUGUUCCCUCAUAAGUGUGAAUGCAAAUUUAUAAUUAAUACUUAGCUAUUAAAGUGUGCAUAAGUUGGCCACAGUAG